CGUCCGGGCCGAGGGCGAUGCCCGCCUUGUGCCCCGCGCCUCCGCCGUGGGCACCGCUGUGGGCGCUGCUGGCGCUCUGCCUGGGCAGGACCGACCCUGCGCUCGCGCUGCAAUGUCGGGAUGCUUUCAAGCCCUGCAUCAACGAAGGAAAAUGCGUCACUUACCACAAUGGCACAGGCUACUGCAAGUGUCCGGAGGGCUUCCUGGGGGAUUACUGUCAGCACCGUGACCCCUGUAAGAGCAACCAGUGCCAACAUGGUGGGACCUGCGUGGCUGUGGCCCUGCAGGGGAAAGCGGUGUGCCAGUGUGCCCCAGGCUUCACCGGCGAGAACUGCCAGUACUCCACAUCCCACGAAUGCUUCCUCUCGCACCCAUGCCUGCAUGGGGGCACCUGCCUCAUGCUCAGUCGCGAUGCCUACGAGUGCACCUGCCCCCCUGGGCGUACAGGGAAGCAGUGCCAGUGGACGGAUGCCUGCCUGUCCCAGCCAUGCGCCAAUGGAAGCAGCUGCACCACUGUGGCCAACCACUUCUCCUGCAGCUGCCCGGCGGGCUUCACGGGAUCCAGGUGCGAGACCGACCUGAACGAAUGUGAGGUGCCCGGGCGCUGCCAACACGGGGGCACCUGCCUCAACCUGCCUGGCUCGUACCAGUGCCAGUGCCUGCAGGGCUUCACCGGCCAGCACUGCGACAGCCCCUAUGUGCCAUGCACCCCAUCCCCAUGUGUGAACGGAGGGACCUGCCGGCAGACCGGGGAUUUCACCUUUGAGUGCAGCUGCUUGCCGGGUUUUGAAGGCAGCAGCUGUGAGCAGAAUAUCGACGACUGUCCCAAUCACAGGUGUCAGAAUGGAGGGGUCUGCGUGGAUGGGGUCAACACAUACAAUUGCCGCUGCCCCCCGCAGUGGACAGGGCAGUUCUGCACAGAGGACGUGGACGAGUGCCAGCUGCAGCCCAACGCCUGCCAAAACGGCGGCACCUGCACCAACCGCAACGGUGGCUACGGCUGCGUGUGUGUCAAUGGCUGGAGCGGGGAUGACUGUAGCGAGAACAUCGACGACUGCGCCUUCGCCUCCUGCACCCUGGGGUCCACUUGCAUCGACCGUGUGGCCUCCUUCUCCUGCACCUGCCCCGAAGGGAAGGCGGGCCUCCUGUGCCAUCUGGACGACGCGUGCAUCAACAACCCCUGCCAUAAAGGGGCACUGUGUGAUACCAACCCGCUGAAUGGGCAGUACAUCUGCACCUGCCCCCAGGGCUACAAGGGCGCUGCCUGCACGGACGACGUGGAUGAAUGUGCCAUGGCCAACAGUAACCCGUGUGAGCACGCGGGGAAGUGCGUGAACACCGAAGGUGCCUUCCAUUGCGAUUGCCUGAAAGGCUACGCGGGGCCGCGUUGCGAGAUGGACAUCAAUGAGUGCCAAUCGGACCCCUGCCAGAACGAUGCCACCUGUCUGGAUAAGAUUGGGGGCUUCACAUGCCUGUGCAUGCCAGGUUUCAAAGGCGUGCACUGUGAACUGGAGAUCAACGAGUGUCAAAGCAACCCUUGUGUGAACAACGGGCAGUGUCUGGACAAAGUCAACCGCUUCCUGUGUGUCUGCCCUCCUGGCUUCACCGGCCCAGUGUGCCAGAUUGAUGUCGACGAUUGCUCCAGCACCCCUUGCCUCAAUGGGGCCAAGUGCAUUGACCACCCCAAUGGCUACGAGUGCCAGUGUGCUACCGGUUUCACAGGCCUGCUGUGCGAGGAGAACAUUGACAACUGCAAUCCCGACCCCUGCCACCACGGCCAGUGCCACGACGGGAUCGACUCCUUCAGCUGCGCCUGCAGCCCCGGCUACAUGGGUGCCAUCUGCAGCGAGCAGAUCGACGAGUGCCAGAGUGCCCCCUGCCUAAACGAGGGCCGCUGCAUCGACCUGGUCAAUGGCUACCAGUGCAACUGCCAGCCUGGCACCUCAGGGGUGAACUGUGAGAUCAAUUUUGACGACUGUGUGAGUAACCCCUGUGUUCACGGCACCUGUGUGGAUGGAAUUAACCGCUUCAGCUGCAUCUGCUCGCCGGGAUUCACAGGCCCGCGGUGUCGGGUGGACGUGGAUGAGUGUGCCUCAAAUCCGUGCCGGCCGGGCGCCACGUGCAUCAACAACGUGAAUGGCUUCCGCUGCGUCUGCCCCGAGGGGCCGCACUCCCCCGGUUGCUACGCCCCCGUGAACGAGUGUCUCAGCAACCCCUGUGUCCACGGCAACUGCACCGGCGGUGCUGGCGGGUACAAGUGCCUCUGUGAAGCAGGCUGGGCCGGGACCAACUGUGACAUGGACAGGAACGCGUGUGCAUCAGCGCCCUGUCGGAAUGGGGGAACCUGUGACCACUUAGCCCAUGGUUACAGGUGCACCUGCACCCAGGGCUUCAAAGGGCCCAAUUGUCAGAUCAACAUCGACGAGUGUGCUUCCAAUCCCUGCCUGAACCAGGGGACCUGCCAAGAUGCAGUGAAUGGCUAUACGUGCCACUGUGGGCUACCCUAUACAGGAAAGAACUGCCAGACUGUGCUGGCCCCCUGUGCCCCCAACCCAUGUGAGAACGCAGCCAUCUGCCAGGAGUCUCCCGACUUCCAGAGCUACACCUGUCUUUGUGCCCCUGGCUGGAAAGGUCAGCGGUGCACAAAAGACAUUGAUGAGUGCCUGGCCAGGCCUUGCCUGCACGGCGGCCUCUGCCACAACACACCAGGGGGCUACAUGUGCGACUGUCUCCCAGGCUUCAGUGGUGUGGACUGCGAGGAGGACAUCGAUGACUGCCAAGCCAAUCCUUGCCAGAAUGGCGCUACCUGUGUGGACGAGGUCAAUGCCUUCUCCUGCCUCUGCCGGCCGGGUUUCCACGGGGACAAGUGUCAGACGGACGUGGACGAGUGCCUGAGUGAGCCGUGCGCCAACGGCGGCCUCUGCACCGACUAUGUCAACAGCUACACCUGCCGGUGCCAGCCUGGGUUCGAUGGCCCUCACUGCCAGCACAACAUUGACGAGUGCACUGACAGCUCCUGCUUCAACGGCGGCACCUGCCUGGACGGGAUCGGGACCUUCACCUGCCAGUGCCCAGUGGGCUUCUCCGGCCCCUUCUGCCUGCAGGAGACCAACGAGUGUGAGUCACACCCGUGCCUGAACCAGGGGACCUGUGUGGAUGGACCGGGCACCUACCGCUGCAGCUGCCCCUUGGGCUACACUGGGACCAACUGCCAGACCCUGGUGAACCUGUGCAGCCGGGCUCCUUGCAAGAACAAAGGCACCUGCACCCAGAGGAACACUGAGACCGUGUGCCUGUGCCCCUCAGGCUGGGCGGGGGCCUACUGUGAUGUGCCCAACGUUUCCUGUGCAGUGGCUGCCUCCCGCAGGGGUGUGGCCGUGGAUCGCCUGUGUCAGCACUCUGGCACCUGUAUCGACACGGGCAGCACACACCGCUGUCAGUGCCCUCUGGGCUACACCGGCAGCUACUGUGAGGAUCAGCUGGAUGAGUGUGUCCCCAAUCCCUGCCAGCAUGGAGCCACCUGCAGGGGCUACGUGGGUGGCUACGAGUGUGCGUGUGUGCCAGGCUAUGAGGGGGUCAACUGCGAGUAUGAUGUGGACGAGUGCCAGUUCCAGCCUUGUCAGAAUGGGGGCACCUGCAUCGACCUGGUGAACCACUACAAGUGCUCCUGCCCUCCGGGCACCCGAGGCCUUCUGUGCGAAGAGAACGUGGACGACUGUGCCGCAGACGCAGGGGGGCCCCGCUGCCUCCAUGGGGGCCAGUGCGUGGACCAGAUCGGAGGCUUCAGCUGCCACUGCCUGCCAGGCUUUGCAGGCCAGCGGUGCGAGGGGGACAUCAACGAGUGCCUCUCUAGCCCUUGCCAUGCUGAAGGCAGCCUGGACUGCAUCCAGCUCACCAAUGACUACAAGUGCUCCUGCCGGAGUGCCUUCACCGGCCGCCGCUGUGAGAUCUUCAUGGAUGUGUGUCCCCAGAUGCCGUGUCUGAACGGAGGCACCUGCAUGGGCGCCAGGCACAUGCCUGAUGGUUUCCUUUGCCUCUGCCCCCCGGGCUUCUCAGGGAUGAGGUGCGAGAGCUCCUGUGGCCAAGUGAAGUGCAAGAAGGGGGAGCAGUGCGUGCAGACCGGCGCGGGGCCUCGCUGCUUCUGCCCCCGGCCCCAGGACUGCGCUCCCGCUUGUGCCAGCGGCCCCUGCCAGCACGGCGGCACCUGCCACCCUCAGCGCCAGCCUCCUUACUACAGUUGCCGCUGCCCCACGCCAUUCCGCGGUGGCCAGUGUGAGCUGAUGGCGGCUCCCACUAGCGCUCCCACAUGCCUGCGCCAGAACUGUGCUGACAAAGCCCGGGACGGCAUCUGCGAUGAGGAUUGUAACAGUCACGCCUGCCAGUGGGACGGGGGCGACUGCUCGCUCACGGUGCCGGACCCCUGGGUCAACUGCUCCUCCCCUCUGCCCUGCUGGGACCACAUCAAUGGCCGCUGCGACGAGCUGUGCAACACAGCCGAGUGCCUCUUUGACAACUUUGAGUGCCAAGGUCCCAGCCGGGCGUGCAAGUAUGACAAGUACUGUGCCGACCACUUCAAUGAUGCCCACUGUGACCAGGGCUGCAACAGCGAGGAAUGCGCCUGGGACGGGCUGGACUGUGCCACCGGGCAGCCGGAGAACCUGGCCGAGGGGACUCUGGUCAUUGUGGUGCUGCUGCCCCCCGAACAGCUCCUACGGGAUGCCCGCAGCUUCCUGAGGGCUCUGGGCACGCUGCUGCACACCAACCUGCGCAUCAAGCAGGAUGCCCAGGGUGCCCUCAUGGUCUUCCCCUACUACGGCGAGAAGACAGCAGCCUCGAGAGGGUUGGCCCGCACCCAGCGAGCCCUCCCCCGGGAGAGCGAGGAGGAAGUGGCCGGCUCCAAGGUCUACUUGGAAAUCGACAAUCGCCAGUGCGCCCAAGCCUCAGACCAGUGCUUCAAGACCACAGAUGCUGCUGCGGCCCUCCUGGCAUCACAGGCUAUCCAGGGCACCCUGUCCUACCCACUUGUAUCUGUCCUGAGUGAGCCGCAGAGUCCAGAGCAAACCCAGCUGCUCUACCUGCUGGCCGUGGCCAUCGUGGUUGUCCUCUUCGUCCUGUUACUGGGGGUCAUCGUGGCCAAGCGGAAGCGGAAGCACGGCUCUCUCUGGCUCCCUGAAGGCUUUGUCCUGCGCCGCGACUCCAGCAAUCACAAGCGUCGCGAGCCUGUUGGGGAAGAUGCGGUGGGACUCAAGAACCUGUCGGUGCCGGUUCCGGAAGGGAGCUUGAUUGACUCCGGCCCUGGCCAGCGUUGGCUGAGUGACAGGGGACCCCAGUCCAAGAGGGUCAAGACCGAGGAUCAGGCCUUGCUGCCAGAGGACACUGACCCUGUGGACCGACGCCAGUGGACACAGCAGCACCUUGAAGCGGCAGACAUCCGCAGGGCCCCAUCGCUGGCCCUCACGCCACCCCAGGCUGAGCAGGAAACAGAUGUGCUGGAUGUGAAUGCCCGAGGGCCAGAUGGGUGCACCCCCCUGAUGCUGGCCUCCCUCAGAGGGGGCAGCUCGGACCCGAGCGAUGAGGACGACGAAGACGAAGACUCCCCUGCCAACAUCAUAACGGACCUGGUCUACCAGGGUGCCAGCCUGCAGGCCCAGACUGACCUCACGGGCGAGAUGGCCUUGCAUCUUGCAGCCCGCUACUCCAGGGCCGACGCCGCCAAGCGCCUGUUGGAUGCGGGGGCUGAUGCCAAUGCCCAGGACAACAUGGGGCGCUGCCCGCUCCACGCAGCUGUGGCAGCCGACGCCCAGGGCGUCUUCCAGAUCUUAAUCCGCAACCGGGUGACGGAUCUGGAUGCCCGCAUGAAUGAUGGCACCACCCCUCUGAUCCUGGCCGCCCGUCUGGCCGUGGAAGGGAUGGUGGCUGAACUGGUCAACUGCCAGGCAGAUGUGAACGCUGUGGAUGACCACGGAAAGUCAGCUCUUCACUGGGCAGCCGCUGUCAACAACGUGGAGGCCACGCUUCUGCUGCUGAAGAACGGGGCCAACAGAGACAUGCAGGACAACAAGGAGGAGACGCCGCUGUUCCUGGCUGCCCGCGAGGGGAGCUACGAGGCUGCCAGGAUCCUGCUGGACCACUUUGCCAACCGCGACAUCACCGACCACAUGGACCGCCUUCCCCGCGACGUGGCCCGCGACCGCAUGCACCACGACAUCGUGCGUCUGCUGAGCGAGUACAACGUGGCGCACAGCCCGCCGGGCACCGUGCUGGCCGCCGCCCUCUCCCCUGCCGCCCUCUGUGGGCCGAACCGCCCUUUCCUCAACCUGAAGCCCACGCCUGCGGGGAAGAAGCCGCGGAGGCCCAGUGCCAAGAGCGCCAUGCCCAGCAGCCUCCCAAACCUGGCCCGGGAGCCCAAGGACCCCCGGGGUGGGGGCCGGAGGAAGAAGGCCCUGGGCGAGAAGGGCCAGCUGUCCGAGAGCUCGGUGACGCUGUCCCCCGUGGAUUCCCUGGAGUCCCCACACGCCUACGGGUCCGACGCCACGCCCUCGCCCAUGAUCACCUCCCCGGGCAUCCUGCAGGCCUCCCCGAGCCCACUGCUGGCCCCCAGUGGCCUGCCGGCCCACGCUCAGCACACGAUGUCCUUCUCCAGCCUCCACGAGAUGCAGCCCCUGGCCCGGGGGGCCGGUCCCGUGCUCCCCUCGGUUAGCCAGCUAUUGUCCCACCGCCUCGCCCCACCGGGCGGGGGUGGCGGCGGUCUGGGCCGGCUGCAUCCGGUUAACGUCCAAGCCGACUGGAUGAGUCGCCUGGAUACGAACGAGGCCCAGUACGGUGAAAUGUUUGGGAGGGUCCUGGCGCCCGCCGAGGGCCCCUGCCCUAGUGCCGCCCCUCCUGCCGGGCCCGGGCAGCCAGACGGGAAGCAGGCAGCCACCUCCUCACGCGAGCCGCUGCCGCCCAUCGUGACUUUCCACCUGCUUCCCAAAGGUGGCGGGGCCCAAGCGGCUGGGCUGCCCCAAGCCGGCUGCCCGCCGGCCAUGGCCGGCCCCCUGGGCGGGAUGUACCAGAUUCCCGACCUGGCCCGUCUGCAGGGAGUGGCCUACCCCACAGCUGUGCUGCCCCAGCAGGAUGGGCCGGCCUCCCAGACCGUCCUUCCGGCCUACCACCCGUUCCCAAGUUCCGUGGGCAAGUACCCGACCCCGCCAUCCCAGCACAGCUAUGCCUCCUCCACGGGGGCGGAGCGGACCCCCAGCCACAACGGGAACCUGCAGGGAGAGCACCCCUACCUGACGCCAUCCCCCGAAUCUCCAGAUCAGUGGUCGAGCUCGUCUCCUCACUCUGCCUCUGAUUGGUCGGAUGUGACCACCAGCCCCGCCCCUAGGGGUGGGGGCAACAGCCAGCGGGGGCCGGGGGCUCAUGGGGCCGAGCCCCCUCCCCGCAGCAACACACAGGUGUUUGCCUAGAGGCCCCGCCUGGCGUGGGCCUCCAGGGCCAGGAAUGAAGGUUGUUCAGGGUGGAUGUGAAGGAACUCUGGGACCCGGCUCCCUCCGGGGCCGAUGCGAGGGGCGGCCUCGCCUCUCCUCUCGGUCGGGGAAGCCCUCCACCCCUCUCGUCUCACGUGCCUGUCCCGAGACUUUCUCUUGUCUGCGGGUGGUGUGGGAGAGGCGGGCAGGAGGGCUGUCUACUCCCUUGCCACCUGCUCCUCCAGCCUGGGACCUGGAAAUCCAAGAUAUGAAGGUGCCGGUGGGGGCAGCUUUCAGUCUGUCCCCUCCGGGAACCCGGCGAGGUCACCCCCCCUGCCUGCCUGUCUGGGCCAUCAGCCAGUCCAGCUGGGCCGGUGCUGAGCACUUUGGGGGAAGGUUACCCUGCAGGGAGAACAUUCCUCAGCGGAGACUGUGUCCUGGCUUUUGACCAGAGUAACCCCUCCACCACCCUGAUGCCCCGCAUCGGCCUUUGGCUCCUUGGACCAGCCCAUCUCCGGCCAAUCCCGGACUGUCACCUCUGCCUGCUUGUGUAGAGUCACUGAGCCGCGGCCCAUCCACAAGCACAAUCAAACUGGAUCGCCGGCUCGUCGGAAUCAUUCCUGCCGUGAGCAGUCCUGCCCCCGCGGCCUGGGGGGCUCCAGUCUCCCCAAAUUGAUCUGGGCCUGGGAUUCUGGAUGUGUUCCGAAGCGGGCUGCCCUAAGCUGUGGGCCCUGGAGGGGAGGGACAUGGGGGGCAUUCAACUGCGUAGGAGCUCAUGUGUUCAUGCUUGGAUUUUUCAGCCAGUGCUUCCCAAGACUGGUGCUCAAUGAGGUCAGAAAACCCUCAUCAGUAUGCAGCCCCUCACCACUGCCACUGUCACCCGCACCAUCACCUCCUGUCCUCGGCACUGUUACCAUCACCAUCACUGCCAGCAUCUAAUCCACCCCCUGCAGGCAGGAGGGGCACCGACUUUCUCCUCGCAACUGACAGUCAGCCUUGCCUUUUUUUCAGCUUUCACCCUAGUCCCUGGUCGAGUGCUGUUCCUCAGCAAAUGGGAGGAGGAGGAGGAGUCGGUCAUCUUGGGGGGGCCCUCCCCUUCGUGCCCCUCAGCCCUACCCUACUGCCAAACUGGGAGACGACCCUCCUGGUUCCCCAGCCCCACUGCUUGCCAAGUCACCGAGCUACUGGGCUCCAAACCCUGAUCGGGGCUGGAGAUCCCUGCUGCCCAAAGCUACCCAGGUAGGCACUGCCCCCAACCUCCCCAAACCCUGGUCCCCGCCUCAUGAACUGCCUUGCCCUUGCCAACCAUCCCUGGGCCUCUUCAACCACCCACCUCAAGCAGCUCACUCAAAUCGAGGGCCAUGUCCCAGAGUCAGGGAGACUGGAGCAAGGGGGACCCUCUCUAGCUCCCUGCCUUUCACUGCAUGCUUUUUCCAUCAGCCAAGGAUGGAGAUUUCUUUUCUCCAAGCUGCCACACCCGGCCCCCUCCAAUUCAUGGCUAAGGAGAGAGGAAACUUUCACCGGUCCCCCUGGAUUCCAAGAUCGAACUGCAUUCCAGCAGUGCCAGUGUUCGCCUGUCCCAUACAAGCAGGGCCCCCCCAAGCACUGGGGAAGCACUGGGCCUGGCUCUGCCCCAGUAGGAGGGCUGUCUUCCAACACCAGGAGCCCACAGAGGAGAGGUAGUUUCCUGUGAGGAAACUGCACUCAGGGCCUUAGAAGGGGAGGAGAUGAACUCACUAGUGCAUGCCCCAAAGCACUAAUCUUCCAGGUCAGUCGGAGAGCACCUUCCAGGGCUUCUUAAUGGCCCCUUCCAGGGUUUGGGCAUGCUUUAAUGGACCAUUCCAAUGGGCAGCCUGGGGCUGUGGGGCGGAGCGGGGAGGGAGGGUUGGUACACCCAGGGUGCCUUACGUUUUCCUGACUCCAUCUUAGGUACAGUCUGAGUCUUUCACAAUCUACCCAGACUUGGAGUGGACAGGAAUCUUCUCGACUCUUCCCUUGGACUUCCCUCCUCUUGACUGUGGGCUGCCAGCCCCAGGUGGCAUGUCUGGUGUCCUGGGUGGCCCUGGGCUGGUGGGGGAGGGGAACAUUUUUUAAUCUGAGACCGAGGUCCGGGCACCAGUGUCCACUGGCGAUGCCUACGUGCGGCAUUGUUGUCUUUCCUUUAACGUGCCGUCUGUCCACAGAGAACCAAAGGUGGUCUGCUUUUUCGCCUUACUAACUAACCGGAGUACAUUGAAUGUACAUCGGCCGCUGGCAGGGUAGCCUACUAGCAACCCAUCAGUCGGCCCGAUUGAAACUUUCUGGUACCUCUGACCCCAUCCCACCCACCCCUACCAGGUGGCUUAAUCGCUCGGUUAGCUCCGAGAACCCCGGUAACUGCAAAACGACCGCAUUUUCCUGGCAAUAGCCAGGAGAAGGCUCAACUCGUCUUUCCUGUUGUGUUAUUCCUGAAGUAGUUGCUAUGAGACUUCUACGGAAGCAUUUUUAUCACAAAAUAAAAAGGUUACUUACAUGUC